CCUUUCUUCAAGAAACCUUUUUAUUUCUCCACUUCGCUCCUCCCUUCCUCGUCUCUCCAUUAUCGUCGUAGCCUCGAUCCGUAACAUCAAAGGGGUAGAUUGAUUAAGUUGCAAUGGGAGACAGUCAGUACUCGUUUUCACUCACUACCUUCAGCCCUUCAGGGAAGCUGGUUCAGAUAGAGCAUGCUCUAACUGCUGUUGGAUCAGGCCAGACAUCUUUGGGGAUUAAAGCUUCAAACGGAGUUGUUAUUGCCACUGAAAAGAAGCUUCCAUCUAUUCUUGUUGAUGAAGCCUCUGUUCAAAAGAUUCAGCAUUUGACUCCCAACAUUGGAGUUGUAUACAGUGGUAUGGGUCCUGAUUUCCGAGUUCUUGUGCGAAAGAGUAGGAAGCAGGCUGAGCAAUACCUCCGCUUGUACAAAGAACCUAUCCCUGUCACUCAACUUGUGAGGGAAACUGCUACGGUCAUGCAAGAGUUCACUCAAUCAGGUGGUGUGAGGCCGUUUGGAGUUUCUCUUCUAGUGGCUGGGUAUGAUGACAAGGGCCCACAGCUGUACCAGGUGGAUCCGUCUGGUUCUUAUUUCUCAUGGAAAGCUUCGGCGAUGGGAAAGAAUGUUUCGAAUGCCAAGACAUUUCUCGAGAAGAGGUACACAGAAGAUAUGGAGCUUGAUGAUGCGAUUCAUACGGCUAUAUUGACACUGAAGGAAGGUUUUGAGGGAGAAAUCUCGAGCAAGAACAUCGAGAUUGGCAAGAUUGGUGCUGACAAAGUCUUUAGGGUACUAACACCGGCAGAGAUCGACGAUUACUUGGCUGAGGUCGAGUAAAAACUUUCACUUUGGCCGCCCAACGAACCUCGAGUUGAAUCUCAUUACUAUCUUUUACUUUUCUGCCUAGUUGGUAAAAAGACUGAUGGUUCUUGCGUUUGUAAAACUAUUCCAACUUGUUAACACUCGAGACCUUGUUUAGUUUUCAUUCGUUUAGACAA